AUGGCCAAAGCCCUUCACAACACGGAGGAAUGGAACUCCGUGGGAGACGAAAGGAGGUCUGCAGAUUGGAUUGGAAGUCUUGAAGAAGCAAAGGAUAGAUGCAUUGAAGACUAUCGAUGUGAGGUAGUGUGCUACCAUUCCAAGACGGGAAGGACACAAUACUACCAGAACUUCGAGAAAGCCUUAAAAGAAGUCGAGCGUGGUAGGAAAGGAUGGAACCGGAUUUUGCAAAAAGCACCACCUUGGGAGCAGAACGGCUGGAUGUGCCUGCAGGUAUCUCCACAGUGUCGCCGCAGAGCUGUGGAACUUGCCCAGAAGAAACAAGUUGAAGGUCGAAGAGAGACAACUGACACUCUGACCGAGUUCAAUUUACUGCGCAAGAGCCUUCACCGUCCACCUCCUGUUCCAUUUCAGCCGCAAGGUUCAUUUUCCCACGAUUCCGCGGACUUCUUGGGCAAGUUGAAGUUUCCAAUGGGUGAAAAGGCAGAAGAAUUGAGACAAGGAUGUACUGAUAUCGCUUCCAAAGUACUAGGUGCGACAGAAGUUCAGGAGUUGGACGAGUUGGACGGCUGUUCAGACCGCAUUUGGGUACAUCGCCCCAUCAAGGCGUCGCAGGAUCGUUGGCAAGAAUGUUGUUCUGGCGAACAUGGAAUGAAAUGCAAAGAUCGCUUUGCGAUUCCUGCUGCCAAUUGCGAUGAUUGUCAAGGUGUCUGCCUCGACACAGGAGCAGAAAAAGGCUAUUGCCUCGAGCUUGGCUCUCCCGGCAGUUGGCAGGGCUCGGGUGGCAAAGUCAUAGAGCUGAUGUCUGCUUCCUUGUGGGAUCCGGCAGCGCAACUUCUGUUGGAACCUUUCCUGCCUCCAAGAAUCGCACGGCGAAGGAAAUGCCUUCGCUUUCAAUCCUUCAUGUGA